AUGAGCGACAUGGAAGCUCACCGCCUUUGCGCAGAUUACAGCGGAACGAGCGCGUGGCACGAUUUGCCUGAGGAGUCCUACGAAAGGGUCGUGGCCCUUGCCAGAGCGUAUCGUCAGAGAUUGACGGAGACGGACCAAAACAGUGGUACCGCCCUCGCUCUUGACAGGGAAGAAUACGUCGACUCACUUCCGAAGGAGGAGAUGAUGCGGCGCCGCAGAAUUGAGAAAAAGGAACAGGACGCAAUGAGCAUAGUGAUGAAACUAUGGACACAACGCUCCAUCGCGUUUGCCAAUGAGUUACGCACGAUCAGGGAGGAAAAACUGAGGAUGGAAAAAGUGAAAAAACAGAGAAUCCUUCUUGAGGAACAACUGUAUCGGGAGCAAUUCCUGGAUUUUUGGCAGAAAAGGAAGAAGGAACAGCUGCGCAACCUCCCUGUUCACCCCGAUAGGGUCCUUAUGAAUGCAUAUAGGCAUAAUAUACUUCCCUUUGCCACAGAUCCAGUUGACUGCUGGGAAAGAGGCAUUGUUGUUCCCCCCGAGCUUCAGCAGACGGUGGUGCUUUUGGAUAGUGAGGGGAGCGUUUUCUUGCCUGCGUUUCAUGAGUUAUCCAUGAAGCUUCGAACGGCUUAUCACCGGUAUCGAGCUCAAUAA